CCGAAACGAUGGCAAGCGCAUACGAGUGGAUGGCUCCCCCCGUUGUUCGACACCCUGCCUACCCAUGCAAACCCCUCUCCCUCGUUCAAAGGCCGCCAACCCAUGCUUCUGACCUCUGCAAUGCCUGCAGCUUUCCGAUCAGUGGCUUCCGUUACAACUGCGGCUCUUACAACCUCCACCCUUACUGUGCAGGCAUUUCCCCCCAUCUCUACAUUCAACAUCCUCACCUCCCUGGCCCCCCUCACCUCGCCACCCUCAUGUUCUUCCCUCCCUAUCUGAGUGGGAAAUUCACCUGCGACAUCUGCAGAAAACUGGGUGGCUCUCACUGGCUCUACCGUUGCACGGUCUGCAACAACUUCGACGCUCAUCUAGGUUGUGCGAUGAAUGCGGCGCAGCUUCAAUUUCAAGUUCACCCUCAAUAUUACCUGCCAACGACUCCUGUCUAUCAACCUUAUAAUAGUGGCGGUGGUGGUAGUACCGCAUACGCCUCAACUCCUUCAUCCGAUCCCUGGAAAAAAUUCGGGAAGUGUAUGUGGGCCGUCGUGCGGCUGGCAGAUUUAGCCCUUGGUACUGGUGGUUUGAUUGACCUUGGUUCCUCCCUCUUUGAUAACAUGGAUUUGCUGUCGGGUGCCGGGAGUCUCCUGAGUUUCUGAACGGCACAUGGAAUAUGCAGCACUCCACAUGGAAUACGUUCCACUGUGUUCUCCUCUCAACAGUCGUUGAGAGUUGGUGAUAUUUUAGCACAUUGACUUCAUUUAAUCAAUCUCUCUCUCUCUGUAUGCCAAUGGACCAAGUCAAGAAGCUCUCUCUUCCUCGCUCUCCCUCCUUCAAGAUGCCAUGAAAUGCAUUUAGUACUGCUUUCAGCAUUCUCAUUCGGUCGCCCACAGCAGUCAUUAGCUCUAAUCUCUGUCUCUCUUUAUAUCUCAACCCGCGGACCAAGUCAACCAAUAAGCUAACCCGAUCAUCCCAACAACAGAGAAAGGACUCAGAUUCACACAUCGAAAUUCACGGUAAAAUCCAGGGCAAUCAAACAGGUCGUCCCGAUUCGCCUCGAUGAAGGCAUGUAAACUAUUAUUCGAGCACAGGAGUGCUCCGAAGGAUGUUAGACGUUUCUU